GGGCGAAUCAAAAAGGCAUUGUGCAUUAUGAUGCAGCAACUGUCAGGUGGACAGGAGGUCUAUUUUAAAGAGCCAAUGGCGUGAUCUUUUGAAUGCGUAGAUCUGCCAGUAAUAACCUCAAAACUGAAUUUGUUUUAUCAACUGCUGAUCUCCUGCCUUGACUGAUUUCUUCUCAUCUUUAAGGAGCUAUAAGCUGCUGUCAUGUCUGAGGGACCGAAAAAGCCAAAAUAUUCAGCAACACGCCGGCUGCUUUUAAAGUCUAAGUUGCUGAAGAAAGCAGCUUCCAUGCUGGUGGCUGAAACUGAAGAGAAAAAACGCGAGAAGCAAAGAGUUGUGAGUGAAUCCUUUCCUCCACUGAAGCUCUCAGGUCUGUCAAUCCAGGAGCUCCAGGAACUGUGCAAAGAGCUGCAUCAAAAGAUUGAUGUUGUGGAUGAGACGCGCUAUGAUAUAGAAGUAAAAGUGGCCAAAAAUGAGAACGAGAUCCAGUCACUAAGACAGAAGAUAGUCGAUCUGAAAGGUAUCAAGAGGCCCAGCUUGAAGAGGGUGAAGAAAACAACAGAUGACAUGCUGGGUGCAUACACCGAUGCCUCUAAACUCAUGAAGGCUGACUUUAAGGCAAACCUCAAGACUGUGAAGAAAGAUGAUGAAAAGAGGGAAGAAGUGACGGACUGGCGUAAGAAUGUGGAGGCCAUGUCUGGCAUGGAGGGCAGGAAGAAGCUGUUCACUGCAGGACAAUAAGCCGACGCUCAUCUUCCAAACCUAAAGUUUGAAAAUCAAGAGCCCACAUUGUUUUCUUCAAUUAUGCCCUUGUUCAACCAUCACAGACAGAACAAUCACUUUAGUAAAGUUUGCUCUUUUAACAAAAACAAACUAGUUCUAUUAUAGUCUGAAGAUUGAAUGUAUGAAUAUGUAUGAAAUGUAUAUGUUACUAUUAAUGUAUGUGUACAAAAAAAGAAUUGUAACUGCGUUGACUUGGUGAAAGUAUUGUCUUUGGCUGCUGUCAUGGAGGGCAGUACUGUUGUUGCACAGAUGAUGGCGCCUUUUCACAACCUAUAAAUGCAAUGCAGAAUCAAGACGCAUAUUGAUCCCUGAACUUGAAGAAUUUUGUUUCAAUAAAUUUUGGAAUAAACAAACACAAAAAAGA